AUGAGUGACUUCCGCCUUACCACCCCUCCUCGAUGGACAUCACGCUUCGAGGACCAUCCAGAGCCGCCAAUACCGCGCCUUACCAUCGACACAGAAGCGGGCGAUGACUCCAGCUCAUCAGGGCACCCCGACUGCGUCUCCUACUGCACAACCCCAGAGAGCACGCCGCCCACAUCACCCACCAUCCUACGAGACCACGAACUCUCCUACGCCGAAGACGCGGCGGAGACAUCCACCCGCCUAACGCUCCUCGCCUGCCUCCUCGUCGGCCUCGCGCUCUCACUCUGGGAACCCGCGCCUAAACCCACGGGGGUCUCAGUCCACUUCGCCGACCGCCCCUUCGAAAGCGCACUACUAGCGCUAAAACACGCCUGGCCAGAAGGCAGACGCGGCGUCGCCGUCUUCCUGCUCAUCACCUUCGGAGUCGUUAUGGUGGUCAGGAGUGUCAUGAGCCAGCGCGCGGGAGCUGCGGUUCGUCGGCCGGACGAGAAGAACAGCUUGCCAUGGGGUCUGAGGGGAAGCGAUGUGGUCAACAUGGAGAGUCAGAUGUCCGUGUUCUGGGAGGGUAUGCGCGUCCAAUGA